AUGCUGCCGGCUUUCAUGAGGACCUUUGACCUGGAGCCCCAGGCGCGCUGCGGAUUCAUCAUGCUCGGGGUCUUGACCCUAAGCCUCUUCGAGCUGAUGCCCCUCUUCUGCGUCGCCCUCUUCAUUCCGGUCCUGGGGAGCAUCUGCGCGGUCUUCGGCGAGGAUCGCACGAUGCUGACGACGUCGAGACUGCUGCUUGGCAGCUUCUUCAACCAGACGUCUUUCUUGGUGUUGGGCAGUUUGGUCAUCAACGCCGUGUUCGAGAAGUGCGGCCUCCUAGACGUGCUGACCUCUUCUUUGCUCCGGCGUUGGCACAUGGAGAGCAAGAGCUUCCUCCUGGUCAUCAUGCUCUCCACCAUGGCAGCCUGCUCCGUGUUGGUCUCGGGGUCCAUUGCCAGGGCCCGUGGCGGCUUUCGUCAGAGCGAGAGCGGGAGAAGCUACACGGAGGUGCCCGUGAUCAAGCGCCUGUUGCUGGGAGUCGCCUUUGCUGCCAACGCGGGCUCCAUUCUUCUGCCCAUCUCCAGUCCUGUGACGCUCAUCACAGUGAGCCUGCUGCGCGACUUCGACCACACGCUCUCCUUGUGGAGUUGGUUCUUCAUCUCAGCUCCCGUCGCCGUGCCCGCCACCGUUGUGUCCUGGUGGGUCCUCUGCUACCUCUACCCCGCUGAGCACGACGAAGAAGAAGCGGUGAUCAAGACGGUGGAGGAGGGCCUGGAGGAGGUCCCUGAGCCGACCCUCUCCCGGCAAGUGAGCCUGAGCCACGCCUCCGAGGUGCAGAUGACCCAGGGCCACUGGUUCAUGCUCGUAUCCUCCUGCCUGGCGGUUCUGGGGAUGACGAUCUUCGCCGAGGCCUUGGAGCCCGUCUUGGGCCAUCCGGCAAUCCUCGCCCUGGCCGUGGUGGUUCUGGCUUUCGGGAGCGGCUUUCUUUCCCGUGACGAGUUCCUAUGCCUGGAAUGGGAUCUUUUGGCCAUUGUGGGAGGCACCAACGUGAUGGCCCUCAUGGUGCGGGAAACGGCGCUCGCAGCCAAAGGCUCCGCCAUCAUGACGGAGAUGGGUCUCAUUGGCGGCCUGUCGUUCUGGCCCUUUACGGCGCUGGUGAUCUCGACGCUGAUCAUCUUCGGUACUUUCUGCGGCCAUCAGCUUGCUGGAGUCAUUGCGCUGCCUCUGCUGGUGGCGCUGGGCGUGAAGCUGAAGGCCGCAGAGCUCUUUGCAAUGCUGUGUGCUCUUUCGAUCCCGCUUGGGAUGGGAAUGCCCAGCUGCUCCUUCGACAACAUGGCGGCCCAAAGCCUGUCGCGCAGCUUGAAACGAAAAGGGUCUGAGCUCUUCGUGCGCGACUACCUUCUGAGUGGCAGUGCCACGGCUGUGUGCGGUGCGAUGCUGACACUGACACUGGGCUUUGGUAUCGGCUGCUUGCAGCACGGCUUUCCGAAGCCCCCGAGUGAGGUGCGCCGCGAGCGCACGCCGGAGGAGCUGGAGCCGCAGGUGGUGAAGGAGAACCGUGUCCUGGACCUGAAGGCGACCGCAAAGCUCGAGCGCAAGGCCAGAGCAGAGUACGAGCUGGGCAGGGAGCGCCGGGGCCAAAGCAAGGUGAUGCUGAUCUUCGUGGUCUUCCUGGGUCUGGGCUUCUGUGGCUUGGACCACUGCCUGGUGGGGAAUUUCAUUCUGGGAACCUUGAAGCUUCUCACCGUGGGCGGCUUCGGCUUUUGGUUCCUGCUGGACUGGAUGCUCAUCGUCUUUAACUGCGUGAACCAGUACAGCACUCUCAGCGGCUUCGGCUGGGACGUGGUCUUCACCCCCUGCAGCAUCGAGGACGCUUGCCGGAUCGGCCAGGUUACCUGCCUCCUCCACGCGCCCUUCGUCUUCGCGCUCUUGAAAGCCAAGGUCCAGGGACGGUCUGUGCAGUCCUCCGUCCAGCAGCCUGCGCAGAGCACGGUGGCCUUCCUUAGGCAGAAGGGCAUUGAGUCCCCAGCUUCUUGGGAGAUCGACCACGUCUUCGAGGCCUCAGACAAGAACCGCGACGGCUUCGUGACGGCCCAGGAGCUCAAGGAAGGUCUCGCCAGCCUCGGCUGUGAGAUCAGCGACCAGCAGCUGGCGGAGCUUAUGCGAGGCCAGCAAACCCUACGCCGCGCCGAGCUGGCGCAGCUCCUAGCAGAGAAGCCGGGCCUCGUUGCCAGGAGGCCGUCGAAGCAUGUUGCCUCCUCCUCCGACGAAGGCGCCUCCACUGCACCACAGGACCGUCGUUUCAAGAAGCCCUGCGAAGCGACGGACAUGGUGAGUUAG